AUGCCCAGAAAGGUGCGGGUCCCAGCCUCUAAGGAAGAGAGCCGUGAGGCGCAGCAGCGCUCUCGUGCGCGGCACAGAGAAUAUGUCGCAAAUCUAGAACAACGUGUUAGCGACUAUGAGAAGCGUGGUGUGAACGCAACGCAAGAAAUGCAGCGCGCCGCUCGUGCCGUGGCAUGGAAGAAUGAGAGGCUUCUUGUUCUGCUAGCUCUGCAUGGGGUCCAACACGACGAAAUUGAUGCCUUCCUUGCGGCACCUGAAGCUGUCGGAAAUCCAUCGCAGAGCCAGGUUCGGUAUACAUCUACAACCCCGACAGGCCCUUCCCCAGCCAUAACCCAACCUGACUCAGACAGCAUGGCUCCGUCGGUAAAUAUUUCCGUGGUCAAUGUGCCUAGUUAUCACCAGAAUGUCAAAGACACAGCAUGCAGUAAGGUGGCAAGUUGCGGGCCCGCCGGCCCAGGCGUAGGCUACGUGGAAACACGAACCUGUCGACCAUUUCCUGAGCAAUCGUCAGGAAGUGCACCCGCGUCAGUCAGUGCUUGUUCUUCAAGCCAAGUCACCUCUUGCGAAGCCGCCGCAUCUAUCAUCAUGAACCUUCGCGGUCACGGAGACGUUACAGAAGCACGGCAAACACUUGGAUGCACAGACAGCAACUCCUGCUCGGUCAAGAACACUGACCUUUUUCAAAUCAUGAACGAAAUGCCAUAG